CGGAAGGAAUAAAUAGGUGAGGAGAAAGAGAGAGCUCGAAAGAGAAAAGGGCAAAUAGAGGACAUCUCUCUCCCCUGACAUUGUCGUACUCCGACACGAGCACGCGUGCACGCACGCUCGCGGCAGGCACGCAUGCACGCGCGCGCACCAUCGUCGCCACCGCCACCAUCGUCGCCGCCACACGUUACCACUCGGAGAACCUCCCCGUCAAGGAAGCAGAGAGUUGGCACGUACGGCCGACGGAUGAACGGGACGGAACGGAAGGAGCAGAGCGCGGCACGCGUAACCUCUCCCAAGAGAGAUUAGGCGAGAAUCAUUCGGAUCUACGGUGGCGUUUCCGAAUCCAUGAUUCUUCUUACUUGACCCGACCUGACCCGAUCCUCAAUCGUCAAACAGCUAGCAGCCGGCGUAUACCACCGAGGGGGUUGGCAGGUAUAAAACAUUCUCGGGCCAUUUUGUGCUCGUCCGUUUCUCUCUCCCACCACGCUAAUCGUCCGCUCGCACGCUCUCGAAGGGUGACACCCACCCUUCGAUGAGAACCCUUCGGGGAGGGUGAAAUUUCCCUGGCCGGUUCACACCGAGCGGCAGUCGCAUUCAGCAACCAGUCAGAAGCUUAAGCGUCGUAGUGUUUGCCAGAACUAAUCGACACGUUGACAAGACUCGCAAGACGCGCUCUCGGUCCGACGAUAGACAAAACGGACACCAAGUUCUUCAGGUCAGUGCACAGAAGUGUUUGCGGAGAGGAGGACGGUGCAUAUCCUCGUGCGAUAACGCCGAUCAAUUUCGAUACGGUUCGCCGAACGUCGAUUCCAAGGGAGUGACGUGGUGGAUCGCGGCGAUCGUAAUCCCGACACCCCGGAAGGAUCGCGGUGUUAAGGACGAUCUUAUCGGACGAUUAGCAUCGGGAUCGUGAGCGCGCGAUUCCGUGAGUGCGGUUCGCAAGUUCGACGAAGGUUCGAGUAUCCCGCGAGAUGUUCGUUCAGUGAAUACAAUUGGUGCACGGUGCUUGCUCCCGAUCGCGGUGAGAUAAGGACGAGCGGAGCAUUUUUUUACGCGUUGGAUACACUCGUAAGGAUCGAGACGCGCGAGACAUACGCUGGAAGAUGAGGCUCUGGAUGUUGCUAGCUGUGCUCUCGGUGACGGCGUACGUGUCGUUGGCGGAGAUCACCAAAAAUAAGAAUCGCGGCAGGGGAUCCAUGUGGUGGGGUAUUGCGAAAGCGGACGAACCCAACAAUUUCUUGCCAGUGUCACCGACUUCCAUGCUGGAUUCAUCGGUCUAUGGGAAUUUGAGAAGAAAACAGAAAAAGCUCAUUAGAGAUAAUCCUGGAGUACUUCAGGCAAUAUCCAGGGGUGCGAAUCAAGCUGUCGCCGAGUGCCAAUAUCAGUUUCGCAAUCGGCGAUGGAACUGCUCGACAAAGAAUUUUCUUCGAGGAAAAAAUCUCUUCGGGAAGAUCGUCGAUAAAGGUUGUCGAGAGACCGCUUUCAUCUAUGCCAUCACGAGCGCGGCUGUGACUCACAGUAUCGCGAGAGCAUGCAGCGAGGGCAGCAUUCAGUCGUGUUCCUGUGACUAUACUCACCAAUCACGCACAUCAUCCGCCGUUCGGGAUUGGGAAUGGGGUGGUUGCUCGGAUAACAUCGGAUACGGCUUCACGUUCUCCCGCGAUUUCGUUGAUACCGGCGAACGUGGUCGAAACCUCCGCGAAAAGAUGAAUCUGCAUAACAACGAAGCUGGCAGAACGCACGUGUCUUCGGAAAUGCGUCAGGAGUGCAAGUGUCACGGUAUGUCUGGCUCGUGUACAGUGAAAACUUGCUGGAUGCGGCUGCCAAGUUUCCGCGUGGUCGGCGAUAAUCUGAAGGACCGCUUCGACGGGGCCUCCCGAGUAAUGGUCAGCAAUUCGGAUCGCGUGCGCAGUAACGCUAAUUUGGCUAACUCCGUGCAUCAGCAUCGCGACGGUCUUUCACGCCGGCAGCGCUACAACUUGCAGCUAAAGCCAUACAAUCCGGAGCACAAACCCCCUGGGCCGAAAGACCUCGUCUAUCUGGAGCAGUCUCCGGCGUUUUGCGAGAAGAAUCCCAAACUCGGUAUCCUGGGUACCCAUGGGCGACAGUGCAACGAAACCAGUCUAGGUGUUGACGGUUGCGAUCUGAUGUGCUGCGGCAGAGGCUACAAGACCCAGGAGAUGGUGGUGAUCGAGAGGUGCGCCUGCAUCUUCCACUGGUGCUGCGAGGUCAAGUGUCAGAAGUGCAGGACAACAAAGACGGUACACACAUGUCUUUAAAACGGAUUCGGUCAACUCGAUAUAGAGGAAAUCUCGAUCAUUUUGGAGGAGCUUCACGCAGGAUUAAAUGAUCGAACUUCGCUCUGUUUUCGCAAAACCUUGGAGUCAAAGUACGGUAUGGCAAAGACAAACGAAACUAUUUUUUUCUCUAGCUCGAUAGAUUCUAAUAGCCUCUCUAGCGGACGACUCAAGGUCUGAUCCUGCGAAAGAUCCCGCCGCGGGACUCGUCGGAUGUAUCCGAGGUCGUAAAACCCGCGCGAAUCCGCGGGGCCUCAUCAUCUCCAGUAUUACGCUCGAAACCACAUAUAUUUAUUAUGUCGCGUGACGCGUAUUAAAGACUGAAAUGGUGAACAGCGUUCGCGCGAUCGUAGAUUCUUAAGAUUUUGAGACGGAAAGAUUAAGGGAUGCAUGGAAGCGGUGUGUAAAUGUCGGUGCACCGGUACAAGUACCAGUAUGAUGAUCCAUCAUUACCUAUAAGAAAGAAAGAUCACUCUGACAUCUUAGAUGUCACAGUGGUAGAAGAAAAUAAUUUAAGGCUAAUAAGGCUCUUAUUAGGCAUUUAACCGUCAUCCAUUUGUAUUCAAAUUCAAUUUAUAUUUUUCUCUCUUUCUCUUUCUCUCUCUCUCUUUCAUUAUUGAUACAUUGAUUACAAAUUACUUUACUUUAAUGUUUGCAUAAUUGUUAUUCUUUUAUGAUAGAACAAAUUAUUUAUAAUAUCUAUUUAUAACUAUGAUAGAUCAUUGUCAAAAAGAAGCCUUUAAUUAUUUUAUCCUACUGCAUAUAUAUAAAGCCCAUGUUUAAAGUGAUCGAUCUAAUGCGAGCGUCGUGUGGUCUCGUAAAGCAUUAUUUAUUCUGAAGGUAUUUUUCCUGCGAUUUAUAUUAACUCCUUCGGAGAAAUGAACAAUCUCGAGUAAAUAAAGACGCGUAAUUGUACAUAAAUAGAUAAUAGCGAUAUAUUUUGCAGUAAUUCGAGGCGAUUAGCGGCCGUAAGAUAUUUCUCCUAUAAGAAAUUUUUGUAAAUAAAAAGUAACUUUCGCGCGCGCGAUAAAGAAGGCACCCGAUUGACGAGAGAUGUCUAUUGAGUGUGAUAAAUUAUUUUUAUAUCUUUUUAUUCUUUUCUCUUUUUUUCUCAUUUCCUUUUCUUCUACCGAAAACCGGGAUUUCGAGAAUCCCGCAGGCUUAGAGACAUCUAUCACAAAAUGCUGGAUAGAAAAACCUACGAAUAAGAAAACGGUGAUUCCAACAUUGUGCAUAAUAGAUGUAUUAAUUAUU